CCCCGUUGCAUCUACGUCUUGCUCGUAGUAUCGACCCCCAUAUAGUUACCUACCGAUCAGAUACCGAUAGACACCGGCCGCGAUGGACAAGGAACUCGAAGAGCUCGAGCUCUUGUCGCUCGUCAACAAGGUCUCGCAGGAGAUCUUCAACUUUACGGGGAGUGCCGAUCAGGACUUGGCCAAGUUUGUCAUCGCCCUCCAUCGGAAGAGCAAAAAGUUCGACGUCUUUCAGACCAAGAUGAAAGAGAUGGGAGCUCCCUUUCCCGAUUCCUUCGUCCAGAACCUCGACCGGAUUAUCCUUUCCAUGCAUCCCAAGUACAAGAAAAAGGCCAAGAAAGCCGCCGAGAUGACUGUAGGGGGCGAAGGCGCGCUGAAUGGCAAGGGCAAGGACAAGGACAUCGACCGGGUCGUGGACGAGGAGACGGAUCGGAGGGCGAGACUCUUCCCCGGGUUGGCUGUACCGGAUAGUAAUCUGAAGAGCCACGAACAGUUCUUGAAGGACGAGAGGAACGCGGGGCCGGUUUUGCCCGAUGUGGACGACCUGAUGAAAGAGCUCGAGGGGGUCGGGUCUAAACGCCGGACGGGAGGUGGGCAAGAGGACUUCAGGGGCGAUAAUGGGUACAAGCGACAACGCGUGGAAGAUGAUGGAUACGAUGGACGAGGGCGAGGGAGGAGUCCACCCCCCGGAGGUCGGCCUGACGGACGGGAUAACGGGUAUGGCACCCGACUAGGCGCAGGUGCGGGGGGUAAGAACGGGUACGAUGGACGAGGACGACAAGACGAUAAACCCAUCCUCUACAAGAUCUACAACGGCAGAGUGGCCAAUAUUAAGGAUUUCGGAUGUUUCGUCACCCUCGAAGGGAUCUCGGGGAGACAAGAAGGCAUGGUACAUAUCUCCAGUAUGGCGAGCAGCAGGGUGAACAGUCCCGCGGAUCUCGUCGCCAGGAAUCAGCCGGUAAAGGUCAAGGUGAUGAGUAUCGCCGGUAGCAAGGUCUCGUUGUCGAUGAAGGACGUCGAUCAGAGUACGGGAGCGGACUUGUCACCCCACCUUUACGUCAAGACGGACCAGGAGAUCGAAGAGGAAGAACGACGUCGAGCGGCCAGGCCACCGCCUGUGACGGGAGCCAACAGCGCGACGAUCCAUGUUGAUGAGCGGAAGGGUUCUGCCAAGCGAUUGUCCUCGCCGGAACGAUGGGAGAUCAAGCAGUUGAUCUCGUCCGGUGUCGUCAGUGCGGCUGAUUACCCGGAUCUUGACGAGGACAUCAACUCGACGACAGUGGCGGCCGAGGUGGAGGAGGAAUUGGAUAUCGAGGUCAACGAGAACGAGCCUGCAUUCUUGAGCGGUCAGACGAAGGUCACGCUCAACUUGUCGCCCGUCAAGGUCAUCAAGGCGCCCGACGGAUCGAUGAACCGAGCAGCGCUGGCGGGAGGAGCCUUGGCGAAAGAACGUCGUGAACUCCGUCAACAAGAGGCGAACGACGAGGCCGAUUCCGAGGCUAGGGAUUUCAGUCAACCUUGGUUGGAUCCCAUGGCACAGGCUGCGGACAAGGUGUUCGCCUCGGACCUGAGGGGCAACUUGAUGGGUGCAAAAGCGUUGGAGAAGCCGACUUGGCAGGCGGCGAACAAGGCGGUGACAUACGGAAAGAUCACCAGUCUCAGUAUUCAGGAUCAGAGGAAGAGCUUGCCGAUCUACAAGUUGAGGGAGCAGUUGAUGCAGGCCGUCCGGGAUAACCAAAUCUUGAUCGUCGUCGGUGAUACUGGAUCGGGAAAGACGACGCAGAUGACGCAGUACUUGGCAGAGGAAGGCUUCGCCGAGCGAGGAAAGAUCGGUUGUACCCAGCCUCGACGUGUCGCCGCCGUCUCGGUCGCCAAGCGCGUGGCUGAGGAAGUCGGUUGUCGAGUGGGAACCGAGGUUGGGUACACGAUCCGUUUCGAGGACUGCACGAGUCCCGAAACCAAGAUCAAGUACAUGACCGAUGGAAUGUUACAGCGUGAAUGUUUGGUGGACCCCGACAUGUCGCAAUAUUCGGUGAUCAUGUUGGACGAGGCGCACGAGCGUACCAUUGCGACGGAUGUGCUGUUCGGUCUGCUGAAGAAAUCGGUCAAGCGACGACCCGACCUGAAAAUCAUCAUUACUUCGGCCACCCUUGACGCCGAAAAGUUUGCUCGAUAUUUCUACGGUUGUCCCAUUUUCACUAUCCCCGGUCGAACAUUCCCCGUCGAAGUGCUCUAUACCAAGGAGCCCGAGAAUGACUAUCUCGACGCUUCGUUGAUCACUGUCAUGCAGAUCCAUCUUUCGGAACCGCCAGGCGAUAUUCUGCUCUUCUUGACGGGUCAAGAAGAGAUCGACACGGCGUGCGAAGUCUUAUACGAACGAAUGAAGGCGCUCGGUCCGCAAGUACCCGAAUUGAUGAUCUUGCCCAUCUACUCUGCACUGCCUUCAGAAAUGCAGUCGCGAAUCUUCGAUCCUACGCCUCCAGGAACGCGAAAAUGUGUUAUCGCCACGAACAUUGCCGAGACCAGUGUUACCAUCGACGGAAUCUACUACGUCAUCGACCCGGGUUUCUCAAAGCAGAACGCUUACGACCCGAAACUCGGUAUGGAUCAGCUGGUCGUGGUGCCAAUCUCACAAGCGCAGGCCAAGCAGCGAGCAGGUCGAGCAGGACGAACAGGACCAGGGAAGACCUACCGACUUUACACUGAGGUUGCCUUCCGAAACGAAAUGCUGCCGAGUCCCAUUCCUGAAAUUCAGCGACAGAACUUGUCUUCGACGAUUCUUACGCUCAAAGCGAUGGGAAUUAACGAUCUCAUUCACUUUGACUUUAUGGACCCGCCACCCGCACCGACACUGCUGACAGCGCUCGAGCAUCUCUAUGCGUUGUCGGCCCUGGACGAGGAAGGUCUGCUCACGCGUCUCGGAAGGAAGAUGGCCGACUUCCCCUUGGAUCCUGCUCUGUCCAAGACGUUGAUUGUCUCGGUCGACUAUGGAUGUUCGGAAGAAGCCUUGAGCAUCGUGGCGAUGUUGCAAGCCGAAGGCCAGGUCUUCUACCGACCCAAAGACAAGCAAGCGCAAGCAGAUGCGAAGAAGGCCAAGUUCCAUCAGCCAGAAGGCGACUUGCUCACCCUGCUCGCGGUUUACAACGGUUGGAAAGGGUCAAAGUUCAGCAACCCAUGGUGUUACGAGAACUAUAUCCAAGCUCGAUCGAUGCGAAGAGCCCAGGAUGUACGAAAACAGUUGCUCGGUAUCAUGGACCGAUACAAGCACGACAUUCUGUCUUGUGGAACCAACUAUAACCGUAUCCGUAUGGCCAUCACUUCAGGAUUCUUCCGUAACGCGGCCAAGAAGGAUCCGAACGAGGGGUACAAGACGCUGGUCGAGGGUACCCCAGUCUACAUGCAUCCCAGCUCGUCGCUUUUCCAGCGGCCGCCAGAGUGUGAGUGUAUUUACUAUUCGCUCAUUCUGACGACCAAGGAGUACAUGCACAAUAUCACUGCUAUCGAGCCCAAGUGGUUGACACAAGUCGCACCAAGUCUGUUCAAGGUCGCGGACCAAACGAGAAUAUCCAAGAUGAAGAGGGAAGAGCGGAUCCAGCCCUUGUUCAACAAAUACGAAAAACCCGACGAAUGGCGUAUCUCCAAGCAGAAGAGGGCCACCAGGAGUUCCCAAACUUUCGGUUAAGCAACGUUUUGUAUCCUUCUUGUUGUAUCAGAUUAUCACUUGCACCACGUAUCCCUAUCAUGCAGAAAUGUUGAUGCAUCUA